UGCAAGGAAGAGGGGGCGGGGCUCGGCGGCGCCGCGCCUGCGCGGCGGGCCCGGAUGCGGUCUGUGCGCAGCUGCCGCUGCAGCGUGGAGUCGCAGAUGGAGCCUCCCCCCGGCGCCGCAGAAAAUUCUAAGCUGAGACAUGUAGAAAAAGAUGUUUUGAUUCCAAUGAUAAUGAGGGACCGAGCCAAGGAGCUGUGUUCAGAUAAAGUGCAAGCAUUUACUAAAUGCUGUCAAGAAACGGGUUUUCUCAUGGUGGUGAAGUGUCGGCAGGAGAACACAGCCCUGAAAGACUGUCUGGUUGGCUACUAUUCUGAUCCAUUAUUCUAUGAAGAAUGCAAAGCAGAGUAUUUGAAGCAAAGAGAAGAAUACAGAGCAACUGGAAUUAAGAAAAAAAGACAGAAGAUUACUUCAAAUGUGUAGUUAAAAUGAACGUCUCAAAUUUUUUAUUCACCUCUGAUUUGACUUGAUUUAAGCAGACUUAAAUAGUAUGUUCCCUUCUGUGUGGAAUUUAACCGAAAUACACAAAAUGAGAUGAAUGGAGAAUAAAAAUCCCUGAACUUAAA